AUGGCAAGAACUAGAGGUGGUGGUACAGUUCAACCGAGAAGAGGCCUUCGUUCUUCAGCUACUCGACCACUUUCUGGCUUGAAGAAGAAAACUAAAUCUAACAAGAAAAAGAAUAUUGCUAUUGAAGAGGUUCAUGAAGGUGCUCUUGAGCAUCAAGUUUCUGCAAUUAUAUCACCAUUAUCUCGUCGUAAGAGAACUCAUGAUGAAGCUGAAGUUGAACCUGCUGCUCUUGUUCGUCCUAAGAAGCCAAGGACUAGAACGAAGAAACCAAUAGUUGAAGCUACUGAAUCUGGUGGUGAUGUGCCUACGCCUUUGCAUUUGGUUGACAUGAUGUCUAACUUUACUCUUGAUCAAAAAAAUUCUGUAAAUGAAAUUGGUUUUGGAGGGUUGUUAUCAUUGAAGUUGAAAAGGAAUCCUACUAGUAUGUACAGGUGGCUAAUUGAUUCUUUUGACUUUGGUAGCUGCAUGUUUUCAAUUGGUAAUAAUAAGGAGUUUGUGGUGAAUGAGUAUGAUGUGUAUGACGUGUUUUUCCUUCCUUUGAACCCCAAAAAUGUUGAGGAGAUACCUAGAUCUGCUAAUAAAAAUAAUCCAGACUUUGUUUUCAAACAUAAUUGGAGAUUGCAUUUUGGGUUAACAGAUGAAAAUGAUCAAAUUCCACUUAAUUUGUUAGAAGCUAGGAUACCUACUUUAGGCCAAGGUGGAGAUGAGUUUAAGCAACUCUUUGUUAUGCAUGCUAUAUCCACGUUUUUAGCUCCUACUUCUAACAGAACUGCCGAUCUUAGGAUCGUCAAGGCACUUGAUGAUGUUGAACAAAUUAAGAAUUUGAAUUGGUGUAAAUAUGUUCUUGAAAAACUAUGUGAAGGUGUUAAAAGUUACAAAAAAGGAGAAAUUCAGAACUGUUGUGGUUGUGUUUUGAUGUUGGAGAUUAUUUACUUUCAUAGGUUGAAAUUUAGGAAUGUUGAAUUAAGUACUUCUUUACCCUUAAUUCAACAUUGGAAUGAUGAGUUGAUUAGGGAUAGAAUUAAGAAGGAAAAAUUGUCUAAAAGUUUUGGGUGUGGGAUUUUACUGUCUGAUGUGUAUCCUGUUAGUGGUAAAAUGAAGUUUCUGGAUGGACAUGUUGUGGGUAUUGCAGGGGGAAGUAUGGGGAAUGCUGGGGGGAGUGAUAAUGUUGUGAGGAAUGUCGGGAGGAGUGGUGAUGUGCCUGAUUCCCAGGGUACAAUACAGUUCAUUCUCCCGGCAGGUUCGAUGUCAGAUCAAGAGAUCCAUUCGGCUGCUAUUGAUCCCGUUCAUGAGCAAUUUUUGUUCAUGAAAAGAGAUAUGCAUGUGAUCUCUUCUUUUUACAAUGAUAAGAUAAGAGAGAUUCUUCUUUCACGUGGUGAGGCCAACAACUCUUCUGGCUCUUCUGGUAUUAAUUUGUCCCAGGAUGAUUCGUUUCUUAUGGAUCCUCGAGUUCAAUCUGUGAUUGACGAGAUCUCUGAACUUGCUAUUUGGGUGACAAAAUUACCUGAGGUGUUGGGUCAAAUUUCUACAUUUGACCACAACAAAACAAAUGGAGGGAGGGAGGCAAUUAGAGGCACUAUCCCUGUGAUUGGCUUUGAAAAUAUUCUUGCAAAUGGAGGGUCCAGGUGUUCGUUUUCUUUGGAUUGGAAAUCUGAUGAAAAGCUUAUAUUCAUUUCACACUUUUUGAAGUCAAAUAACAAGGAAAUAAAACUAUUGGAUCCAUUAGUCCUAGAGAUUGUUGACUAUUGCAUUAUCAAUUAUUCUUGUUUGGCUCCUAAGUAA